AUGCGCCCAAUCUCAUUCGGUGUCGAUCCCACUGAUGAUAAUCUCCACUUCUAUGAAACCUCCUGGCUCCUUCCACCAAUUCUACUGGCCGCUUUGCGUGCCUUAAUUGCCCUCUACAUCUUCACUACCAUCAUCGUCAUAUGGGCUUGGUAUGGAACUCAUAAUCAGGAGGAUUACAUUGGUCGGACCUUCAGCUACUUCACCUGGUUGAGCUAUUGGGGGCUGGGCUUUUAUUUUUUGUUCUCGGCCCUUCAUACUACCUGCUAUGUCAUCACUGGUAGUUCGGCUCUCUUCAAGCGUUGGCCCCGUUUUAUGCGCGCUCUUCACGGGUUGUUGUAUACUACUAUCACUACAUACCCGUUUCUGGUCACAGUGAUCUUUUGGGCUAUUCUCUUCGAUGGCUUCGACAGUGCUUUUUCCACUUGGCAUAACAUCUCUCAGCACGCCCUCAACUCGGUUUUCGCUUUGAUCGAAAUCUUACUGACCACCACCCCGCCACAUCCAUGGAUCGCAAUUCCUGUGAUCCUGAUCCUGCUCUUGUUGUAUCUUUGCGUUGUCUAUAUCACCUAUCACACGCAGGGAUUCUACACUUACUCCUUCCUAGAUCCUCACCAUGGAACAAAAAGCGGCCUUGUGACUGGGUACUGCUUUGGCAUUCUGGCUGCGAUCUUGGUAUGUUUCUUGUUUUCCCGCUUCUUGAUCUGGUCGCGUCGGAAGCUGGUUCAUGGUAAGAUCAACAGGGCUGUGCGGGACCCUCUGCGAGCUCACGAAGAGAGCGAAUUCAUCCUCGAAUUGGACGUUCAGGAUACGGACGAAGAGCAACCGCAACCGCAACCGCAACCGCAACCGCAAGUAGAA